GCAGUAACAUUCGAGGGCAAAUCAGAUUGAUUUGGCUUUCCGACAAAUAAGCUUAAAUAAUUCUAAUAUUUUUAGUUAUGGAAACGAGGAAAGGAAAUAGCAAAUAUUUAGAGAAAAUGAUGAACAUUCACUAUGAAAAUUAAGAAAACCUGGAGAUUCCUACAAAAGAAAGAAGGCGCUAUUGUUUAUGUAGAAUAACUUCUAUACAUAUGAAUAAUCAUAAUAAUAAACGAUCUUGUGAUAAGAGAUUACGUACCUAUCACCUAUCAAAGAUAAGAUGAGUAUUCACUUGACACUUCAAACCAUAGACAUUAUUCAGUGUCGAAUCGUUUUCUUUAUGAUUCAUCUUCUUUGAAAAAUGGAUGAAAGUGAAACUCCAUUAGAUGAAUUCGAGGUGUUCAAAGAUGCUAUCAAAGAAGAAGAUUUGGAGGUACAAAUCAAGAUGAUGAAACAACUCGGCUCGCUUGCUAAGCACUUGGGCGAAGAGCUCACCAGAGACGAACUAAUCCCUUUCAUCCAAGAAAAUAUCGAUUUUCACGACGAAAUCCUAUUGAAUCUAUCCGAACAACUGGAACAAUUCAUCCCCCUAGUAGGAGGCUACGAGCACUCGCAAUCCGUACUGGACCUACUGAGGAAGCUGUGCCAUACUGACGAGGAAAUCGUCAUAAAUAAGACCGUGGAAACGAUGAAGACCAUAGCGCUAGGGUUGAAUAGUGACCUCACGGAGAAACUAUUCGUUCCUAUGGUGGAGGCUAUGGCAAGCGAGGAUUUGUUCACGAUUUGUAUUUACCAUAUUUAUAUCCAUAAACAUAUCACCAUAAUUUUGUAUGUUUUUCAGACAAUCUAUUCCAAAGUCAAAGAAGAGACGAAAAUUGAACUCCGCCACAGUUUUCGUGUCUUGGUCCAAGAUGAGUCACCUAUCGUGAGGAAAAAAGCAGCUUCAAUAUUGGUCGACCUGAUCUUUUUAUUGGAAAAAGAUUGCCUGAGGGACGAAUUUAUUCCUGUAUUCGACAAUAUUUCCAAAGAUUCCAUGGAUUUUGUUAGAACCAUGUUGAUGAGAAUAGCUAUUGCCCUAUGUAAAAAUCUGACAGAGAGUGAAAUUGAAGAAUUCGUUUUCGCAACUGUGGAGUCUUGUGCUGAUGAUACCUCAUGGAACAUUCGACUAAUGUUAGCACACCACAUAGGAGAGGUUCAAGAAAAUAUACCCUUCGGAAAAAUGAGGGGGAAAAUUCUAGCAAUGUACCAAAAACUAAUCAAUGACAUACAAGAUGAAGUAAGAGUUGAAGCGGUGAAUAACUUAUCUUCCUACUGCCAGAACCUGAAGAAAUCUUACGAAACGACGAAUUCAGUGAACAAUAAUUUCGAAGCUGUUUUCCAGCAAAGUAUAGUACCACACCUAAAGCGGCUAGCUAACGAUCCCAAUGAAAACGUAAGGCUAGCAUUUUCAACUAAUAUUAUCGCCAUAAGUUCGAUAGUGGGAGAAAAUUGUUUCAAGGAAGAUAUCAUGCCUAUCAUAGAACACAUUUUAGAACAAGAUUCCUGCAUGGACAUACAAGAGAAUAUCCUUCAACGUCUCCACAGCCUUCCUGCUUACGUAGAUCUCACAGAAUCGUCAUUAUCUAUCAAGAUAGUCGUGAGAAAACUGAUUUUCAAUUCUCAUGCUAAGUGGAGGACGAGGAGAAGUCUGCUUGUAGCGUUUUUGCAUAUCGCGAAUACUGCUACGGGAGCAUAUUUUUCAGACAAUUUGAAGAUGUUCUAUGCGACGUUAUUAGGUGACCCUGUUUUCGCUGUUAGAAGAACAGCUCCUGUCAUUCUACCACUUUUGGCGAAGCAAUAUGGUAUCGAAUGGGCCACUGAUUACAUUUUACCAUUUUUCAGAAUGUUCGUCAAAGACUGUAGGUAUUUGUACAGGUAUAUACCACUAUUUGGUAUAAAUGAACUCAUGAAUCCUUCAGUCAGACUAGGGCAGAAAGAAACGUACUUGAAUGAUUUGAGGCAUAUAAUACAAACGAGUAAUGAUGACGCUGAUAAAAAAAAGGUAGCAGCAAUUUUGACAAGAAUCGCGAGAAUGAUUGAUACUUUGAAGUAUAAAUUAGAAGACACUAUUUACAGAGAUAUACUUACACUGAACGAAAGCAUAGACGAUUUCACUAGCGAUAAUAUUAUGCUAUAUGCUGAUGAAUGUGUGACUACUAUCAAAACAAAUUGUAACUGCAAUAUUUUUGCCAUUGAGAACAAAUCGAUGCUUGAUCAACGCAUUUAUUUGGAUGGAUUGUUAGCUGUGAUAAUCAUUGAAUACUUGCAAAUAAUCCGUGAACUCUUCGAUGAUCCAAUAGUCAAUGUACAAAUUCGAUCAAUACAUGCCCUCAACAAAAUCAAAGAAUUCACUAGUAAAAUUGAUGAUGAGUUGAAAGAAACAUGGGUGAGUGAAGCAGUGGAUGUAUUAACAGCAGAAGAAAAGGAACAGAUUGAAAAACUAGUGGAUUCUGAGAUGGACGAAAGACCAAAAAUGAUUUCAAAAGAGGACAUAGAUACUCAAUUAAUGGAAGAUGAUAGAAUUGAUAACAAUUUUGAAGAUUCACCUGAUGAUAAAACAGAUUUGCAUGAUAGAAAGAUACCUGAAAUAAAAGUGGAGGCAGUUGAUGACCAAGUCAGCAUUGUUGAUGAGACAGAGAUUAUCAAUUCAAAAGAGGAAAAUGGAUCGUUGGAGUUGAUUGAAAAGCCACAAUUUGAAAUUUCGAAAGCCCAUGCAGACGAAAUAUGGAAUUCAGCAUUGAAAGCAUGAAUAAACUUUUUUGUAUAUAAAGUAAUAUAAGCUGUUUUAUAGAUUAUCAUGAUAUUAUCAAUACGAUUUCCCUAUAUGUGUCCAUAUAAGAGUGUUCUCACAAU